CAUUAUAUGCAUAUCAAUAAUCAUCAACAAAUAAUAAACCAUGUUACCAAGAAUUUUUGAAGUUAUCAUCUUAUCAAGUCAUCCGGUCAUCCCCAUGAACAAUAUAAAAUGGACAUCCCUGCUGCAAACCCACAUUUCAUUCAUCCGCUCGUACUACAGUAAGAAGAAUGGCUUCAUCUUUUGUUAAGCUUUCCGUGGCGCUGACCUGCUUAUUGCUCUUGUCCUCAACGUGCCAUGGCAGCCAUGGCCCGAACGUGGGCCACUACAAGAAGACCUGCCCCAACGCGGAGGCCAUCGUGAGAGACUCCGUGAAGAGCUCCGUCUACAAGGACGCCGGCGUCGGCGCGGGGCUCAUCCGGCUCCUCUUCCACGACUGCUUCGUCCAGGGCUGCGACGGCUCCGUGCUCCUCGACCCUUCCCCGUCCAACCCGCAGCCGGAGAAGCUGAGCGCGCCCAACUUCCGCAGCCUCCGUGGCUUCGAGGCCGUCGACGCCGCCAAGGCCGCCGUGGAGCGCGCCUGCCCGGGCGUCGUCUCCUGCGCCGACGUCGUCGCCUUCGCCGCCCGCGACGCCGCCUACUUCCUCAGCGGGCUCAGGGUGAAAGCCGACAUGCCGGGGGGGCGGCUCGACGGGCGUGUGUCCAGAUCCGACGAGGCCGCCCGGGACCUGCCGCCGGCGUCGGCGAAUCUCGCGCAGCUCGUCUCCAACUUCGCGGCGAAGGGGCUGGGGGAGGAGGACAUGGUGGUGCUCUCCGGCGCGCACUCCGUCGGCGCCUCCCACUGCUCCUCCUUCGUGCCCGGCGGCCGCCUCGAGGGCCCCGGGAGGUCCGACAUGGACGCCGGCCUGGCUGCUGUGCUGAAGAAGCAGUGCGCGCCGGGGCAGAACCCAUUGGUGCCGCAGGACGCGGUGAGCCCUAACGCGCUGGACAGCCAGUACUACCGGAACGUGCUGGCGCAUAAGGUGCUCCUCCCGUCCGACGCCGCGCUGCUGGCGGCGCCGGCGACGGAGAAGAUGGUGCGUGAUAACGCGUAUGUCCCUGGGAAGUGGGAGGGCAAGUUCGCGGAGGCGUUGGUGAAGAUGGCGGCCAUUGGGGUCAAGACCGGACAGCAGGGCGAGAUCAGGAAGAACUGCAGGGUCGUCAAUUAGUUUAUUUAACUGCACUGUUCCGUUGAUUGUUCAAAAAAAUAAAAUUUGCUGGACAAAUUUAUGUUUUUUUCCACAAUUUUGAUAUUUUUGGCAAAAUUCUGAUGAAUUUCAAACAUCGAUAUCUGAAAAAGGUUUCUCAAAUUUCGGUAAUUUCAAGGGGCACCAAGUUUUUUUUUUAAAAAAAAUCUUCAUAAGAUGUGAUAUAAUGUGAACCAAUUCUU